UCAGAAUUUUUCUCUCUUUUUUUCUUUCUCUUUUUGAAUAAUAGCCUUCUUUACUGCUUUUCAGAAAAACAAUUAAAAAAAGAGACUAUUGGCCGCUGGGAACAUUUUGAAUUUGAUACAGACCCAUAUGUGUUUAGAUUAAGCUGGAAAAAAAGACUGGUAUUUUUUUCUUGUAUGGUCUUUUUCUCUACCAAAAUCUCUUGUUGGUUGUUGUUUCUAAAGAGUGCACCUCUGGCAUAAAAAGUACAGGGGUUCAUGGGCUUUUCACAAGAGGUGGAAUUGGAGAAUCAUGUGAGCUCUGCGGGUGUGUGUAUGUUGUGAUGUCAUUGCAGCAAAGGCUCUGAAUGUUGACCGAGGGCCUCAGCUUCUGAGCUCCAGUCUUCCAUAAAGACUACUGAGAAAGCCUUGAUGGGUGUCAAUGAAGCAGCAGAAUCUGACAGAGCAGUGGAUUCAAUGAUGGGUUUGAAUCUAAUGGGCACAGAAACGUUUGAACCCACUAUUGGUUACUGAACAGGAGUUGGUGAUUUUGAGUUAAUCCAGAGGUGACAUUUAGAGGAGAGGCAGUUUCAGUUAAUGGGGUUGAGUGAUUCAGACAGAAAAAUGAGUAACCAAACUGGGUCUUUUGCCUUUGGGUGAUGGGUCUUGUCCAUCUGUGAAGAAGCUCCAGGUAUGGUUCAGAUAUAAUGGUUUUCUUGAAGUUGCAGAGAAAUGGAGGAAGGAGAAAAAUAAUAUAAUAUUUUUUGGCUCUCUUAUUGUUUUAUUUGUUUAUUUUUUUUCAUUGAUGUUGGAGGGAAAGUGCCAUGUGGUGAGCUCAGAGGCCUGCACAUGGCUUCUCCCAUUUCCAAGCUCUGUGAGUGUAAACCAAUAGAGUAAAACCAAGGGGUUUGAGGUUUUCAAGAGAAUCAGGUGCAGAGAAAAACCACCUGAUUGGCGUUAGAUAAAAAAAAAAAACCCAGUUUUUUAGGAGCAAUGGAGGAGUUGGGAACUGUGAGUCUGUGAUCAAAGAAACAACCCAGAAAUUAUAACUUCAGUGCAAGUUUUCAAUUGUUUAAGAGGAAAAAAGCCAUUUUCUUUUCUUUUCUUUUUUCCUCUUUGCAAACCGGUUCAGGUACAUCUGUUGAUCUCUCACACCAUUGUACAGCUUAUGUUCACACUUUGUCUAUGUAUUAAUAUGAUCUGAAGAUUGAUCCAUUCCAAUAUGAUAUAAACCUUUCCUGUUUUAGCUAUGUGUCUUUGUUGAUAUCUAAGCAAGAAAGUAGUAGAGAUUGAAGGUUUGAAACCACCUUCCACCCAUUUGCAGUCUCUAUUUUUUUUUUCAAUCCAAGGCAGAUCCAUCAAUCAAUUAUCACUGUCUUAGUGUCUCUUAGUAGCUAUCUGUUUUGCUUGUGUUGGAGCAAGAAAAGGACAAAGUCCUUUUUUGCUGUUUCUGGUUCUGGUUCUUGUUCUGUUUCUUCAAGUACCCAUCAAUCUGUGUUUUGGUUUGACCCUCCUUGGAGCCCAAUAAAAACCCCAGAGUUUUCCAUCCACUUUCAUCUUCUCCAUUUUGACCCCAUUUGCAGUCUCUUCAAUCCAAUGGUCUUGAACCACAGAGUUGAGGAUCAAAUGGCUUCUUCUCUGUGUUUCCUCAGAAAUCCACUGCCUUGGGUUGCAGCUCUUGUCCCAGUUUUGAUAUUUGCAGGCUUUCUGGGUUUUGGGGUGUUGUCCAUCCUCAUCACAUCUUCAGCUUUGAUCUUAUCUACUGUCCUCUUCACAUUCUCAAAGCAAAGGCCAGUGGUGGAGGAGGAAUCACUGAAAGAAGAAGAAGAAAAAGUAGAAGAAGAAGAAGAAGAAGAAGAGGUUCUCAGGUCUGAUCACCAUGAGAGUCUGCCUCACAUGGAGGAAGUUGCAUCCAGAACACAGACUGAAACUGAUACCAUCACACAGAGGGAUGAAGCCCAAGGGAGUGGAAUGAGCCGUCAGAUGAAUGAGUACAUAGAUGAGUCUCCUGAUUCACUAUCAAAAACUGAAAGCCUUGAUCAAUCAUCAACGAGUGAUGAGUCUGAAGUGGAGUGGCCAUUCCCAGACAAUGCAGGCCAGAGUCCAGAAUGCUCUGAUGGUUCAAUUUCUGAUGAGGAUAGCCUCAUUGAAAUAGCACUCCUGAGUGGGCACUAUGUUGAUCCUAAACAAGAAGACCCCAAGUUCAACUCACAGAAAAAACUGCCAGACUUCACACCAGACUCAAUCUUCCAGCAACACAGUACUCUAAUGGAGCUCCUAGCAGAGAUGAAUGAGAUGAAUGAGGAGGAAAACUUGAUUGAGAUUGACAUAUCCAUGGGAUCCAUCAAGUGUUCAAGGUUUGAGAUUGAAGCAUGAGCAUGAGCAAGUGUUGUAAAAGUAACUUUCUCUCUCUCUCUCUCUCUCUCUCUCUGUUAAGUAUUUUUUAUGUUUUUGAUCCAUUUGGAUUUGGCUUAAAGAAAGAAUUAGGGUUUUGGGGGUUUAGGAUUUGAAGCUUAUGCGGCUGCUUCUUGACCUCACUUCCAUUGACCCAAAGCCCUCACAAACCUUGGAUACCCCCAUUAAAGCAGUUGUACUAUCAACCAUGGGCCUUUGUUUUCUCUUAAUAUGAAGAACACUAAAGUAUUAAAAGUUUAGAAAGGCCAUCAUCAAUUGAUGGGAUUCCACUUGCA